AUGUUUAAAAGCAGCAGACUUAAUAAGCACAUUAAGAGUGCGCUUAAGUCGGUAGCAACAAAUGACUCGGGUAGUGGAUUCAAUGCUAAAAUGUUUGAGUUGCAGGAAGUGAGUAGGUAUGGUAUAGGUGGUAAGGUAGUCGGGUUUGCGUUUGAUCCGAUCCAGAGCUUGCUUGCUUUGGCUACUGAUUCGGGGGAGGUUCAUGUUUUUGGAAAGCAGCAAGUUGAGGUAGUCUUUACGUUGAAUGUCAAGGUUAUAACUUUUAUGAAAUUUGUCAAGGGUAUCUAUUUGAUAAUAGUGGAUUCAUCAGAUUGUGUCAUAGUUCUUUCUUUAUAUUCCAAAAGUGUGCUCACUUCAUUUUUUGCUUCAGGAAAGAUCACUUGUAUAGAAGCAGAUCCUUCCUUGGAUUGGAUGUUUAUUGGAUUACAAAGUGGUUCUACCCUUAUAUACGAUAUUGAUAGAGACAUUGUUUCUUCCUAUAAAAUCGGUAACUUACAGAAGUCUUUGUUCUUUUCUCGGGAACCACUUUCACCUGUUGUUUCGAUCCAAUGGAACCCCAGGGAUAUUGGACAGAUAUUAAUUUGUUAUGAGUUAGUUGCAGUCAUAUAUUCACUCGUUGAUAAUGAAGUUAAACAACACUUUAUCUACAAGUUGCCACCGUUUGCCCCAGGAGGUUGCCCUGAUGCUAAUAUAGAAGUCCAGCGAAUUCCGAAGCUAAUUCAGGCUUUGUAUCAUCCAAAUUCACUUCAUAUUUUAACUGUUCAUCAAGAUAACAGCAUGGUAUUUUGGGAUGCACAUAAAGCAAAAUUACUUCAAGCCCGAACCAUUUUCGAUGUGAAUGUAAACAUACCAAAAUCUCAAGUGGAUACAAAUGCUAUUAAAAGUGACCCUAUAAUCAAAGUUUCUUGGAUCUGUGAAGAAAACCCUGAAAAAACAUCAUUGCUGAUAGCAGGGGGCUCCUCUGAUAUGAAUGCAGGGUGCCAGGCCUUAACUAUGAUUGAUUUAGGUACAACUCCGAAGUAUUCCAUUACAUCUUAUGAAAAAAUGGGCCAAUACUAUUCUAAUCCGGUCAAACAAGUAAUGUUUUCCGUCUGCAAUUCAUCAACCGUUGUUGAUUUUUUGCCUCUAGCUAAAAGUUCUUAUUUUAAUGGUAAUCAUGAUCCACAUAUCAUACUUGUCCUACUAGAAAAUGGUGAACUUCAAACAUUAUUGUACCCAUCUGGGCAUAUUACCCAUAAGGCAUCUCUAUUCCCCCAGAGUAUGUCGUGGAUCAGACCAAGCACAACAACAUCUGUUGCUUUCUCAGUUCCUGCAAAACUAUGGUUGGGACUGAUGGCAUCUACCUACAACAAGGACUACUUUCUCAAGGGCGGUACGCCUGUGAAAAAAGUUUUGAGGAGACCAGAAACAAGAACUGCAAUUGCAACAGGUCAUACCAACGGGUUUGUAAGGAUAUGGGAUGCGUCACACGAGGAGUUGGAUGAAAGUUCUGUUUUUGAGAUUAAUGUAGCCAAUGUGCUGAAUUAUAAGAGAUUGGUUUCUGUUGAAAAAAUAUCUUUUGCAGCUGAAACAGCUGAACUAGCUGUAUCUGUCGAGUCGGGGGAUGUGGUUUUCUUUAAAUUUAAAAAGAACAGUAAUUAUAAUACACAGGGAAAUGAUUUGGAGUCUAAGUUUAACAGAUUUUCUAUUAGUGAACAAAAGCAAUUGUUGAUAGAUGUUUCUGAUAGGGUAUCAUCUAAGUUAAAGGAAGGGUUCUGCCCAAUUGCUGUUGUACAUGCAAACAUCGGCAAAGUAUCUGCGCUAACGAAUAGUAAUAUUGGAUUUUUAGGGAUUGCCUACGAUGACGGUUCGAUAUUUGUUGUUGAUAGAAGAGGGCCAGCUAUUAUUUACAUGGAGCAUUUGAGAAAAUUGGACAAGCAUCGCAGUUCGUACAUAAGUAAAAUUGAAUUUUUUGUUAUGACAUAUGGUGAUGACCCAUAUUCUAGUAUUUUAAUGGUAUGCGGCACUGACUUGGGACAAUUGAUAAUAUUUAAAAUAUUGCCGGAUUCAUCUGGCCGCUUUUCAGUUCAACCUGUAGAUUCUCUUAGAGCUAUUGAACAUGGCCCGAUUACUAAUAUUGAGUCAUUUUCAAGGGACGGGAACAUACCUUGCAAAGCAAGUAUCCAAAAUAUGCAAGCUUUAUCCAAAGGUAUUCAAAUACUAGGCUCUAUACUUGUUUCAGGGCCCAAAGAAAUAAAGAUAUUGAACUUUGGAAGGGCAAAAGACCACCAUAGAGUUUUGAAGUAUCCCAUAGCUACCGCAGGUUGUUGUUUUUUCCCGUCUAAUUCCGAUGAUACCAAAACUGCAGAUCUACUAGUGGUCGCUAUCGAGAUAAAUUCCCAAAUAAAGUUACUAUCUCCUGCAGACCUGAAAGAAAUAAAGUCAUUAAUACCUGCUACAGUCCCACAAACUAAGUACAUAAAGGGAUCCUCUUUGUUAUUCGAUGGUGAUGUCGUUUUAAGAAUUGGGAAAUCUGAAGCAUUAUUAUAUUCGAUUAAAAAUACCAUAUCACAGCAUGUUAACAAAGGUGCCCAGGAUACGAAUACCUUGUACAACCCAAACUUAUCAAUCCCAAAUAGGCCUCAGCUAGGUUCGCUGCAGCGGGUUCUUACUACUGCAUACAUAAGCCAUGAGGAAUUAAACGUAAGCUUGGGUGGAGAUAGGAGACCACCCUCAAAGUAUCAAGAGAGUGCAAUUGCUGCACGCACCCUCUCGCCGUCUUCCUUCAAUAAGAGAUCUGAAAGUCAGUUUGACAAAAAUGUGGACGAUUCUUCGGAUUUAAACGAUUCCUACUACCAAACACCCGUGAAAUAUCCUACAAAUAGGGGCUACAGUUCUUGGAGAUCACUAACACGCAGCGUUCAAAAUGGACUAGAUUACGUUGAGAAUUCAGUCAAUGAGUAUGCCAUGGCCGCAAACAAGCAGGUGAACGAGACCAUUGAAAAAACUCGCACAGACCUAGUAAAAGGUGCCUUUAAGAGCAAAUUGGGUAUUUAA